AUGGUUGUGGUGGAGAUACCUAACGGAAAACUUCGCAUUUGUUUAGACCCAAAACAUCUAAACAAAGCAAUCAAACGUGAACAUUUUCAAUUACCAACAAUUGGAGAUACAUAUAUCACUACACGUAUGGCCAAUGCCAAGUGGUUCUCCAAGCUAGAUGCCAAUCAUGGAUACUGGCAAAUACCUUUGGACGAGGACAGUCAACUCCUUACCGCUUUCAACACUCCUUUUGGCAGAUAUUGCUACACUUGCACUCCAUUUGGCAUCAUCUCAGCACAAGAG